AUGUCUAAAUUUAUCGCCAGUGAUAAACAUGUCUCUGGAUAUCCUUCAGACCACGCUGAUUCAAGCACAUCUCUAAUGGCGGGAGAUGAAGGGCUACCUUUUAACGCUGAUAGUCGCGGCCAGUUUAAAGGAUCUCGCCGCUCCGCUCGACGAUGUUUUACACAAUGGCAAAACUGGUCUCUAAUAAUUACCUUGCUGUUUCUUAUUGCUGGUCUUUCAGUCUGGGCCAAUGUAAUAAUUUUGCUGGGAGGCUUUCGGUGUUAUACUACGCCUGGAACUGAUCAUUUUGUGCCAGACUUGCUCUAUUCGAAUCGAGUUACAUUCCAGCUUCACAAGUUUUAUGGCGGACCACCUUCCAAUGCUACGGAUGAGAUGUGGGAGAGAAUAUCCCCACCCGGCAAAGGGAUCAUCGAAGUUCCAACAGAGUACACCGGCAGCCUGCCUGCCUCACUCCCUGCGCCCAACAACCCUGACACAGCAAAAGUAUACGGAGUCUCUAUGUUCCACCAACUCCAUUGCCUGAACUUUCUUCGACUUGCCUACUAUCCUGGGGGCGUCACAACAAUGACCCCCGACGAAUUCGUCCUCCACCGCGAUCACUGCUUAGACUAUAUCCGUCAGGCAAUAAUGUGCGCGGGCGAUGUGACACUCGAGCCCCUGACAAAAGUCGGUAUUAACGGUAUGGGAGCUGUUCACCAAUGCCGCGAUUUUGAUCACAUUUUCAGCUGGGCGUAUGAACGUCGCUUGUAUAAAGUGAGGGGGUCGGGGUAUACUGGUGGAGUUGUUACGCAUGUGCUUGCACACGGGAGUGACAUUGGGGAUGAGGGGAUUGGGGGUGAGCAUGGGCAUUGA